GUUUAACUUGUGCGAUGUGUGUCUCUCGAACGCUACUUGAGUUGCGUGUGGCACAGGUUACUGCUUUCACCCAUGGUGAACUUCACAAGGUUUGUAGAGGCUGGGCGCGUUGUGUUCAUUGCCUCUGGACCUUAUGCUAAAAAGGUGGCAAUCAUCGUAGAAAUAAUUGACCAAAGACGUGUUCUUAUCGAUGGGCCAUGCUCUGGCGUUCCUAGACAAGAAAUAAGUUUGAACAGACUGCAUUUAACAAAGCUAAAGUACAAACUUCCACAUGGAUGUGGUACAAAUUCAGUCGAGAGACAUUGGAAAAGGUAUGACAUAACUAAGGAUUGGGAGAACACUGUGUGGGCACGAAAGCUUCAUCGCAAAUCCCUACGAGCGGCUAUGACCGAUUUUGACAGGUUUAAAGUCAUGGUAGCUCGUAAACAGCGCAACAACAUUUUGAAACAGUUCAAGUUGAAGAAGCCGGUCGAAAAAACUGCAAAGCCUGUGAAGAAGGCUGUGAAAAAAUAAACUAAUAAAUGCAUUAUGUCGAA